AGGAAAAUUAUGCCGAAUCAUUUAUUCAAAGCCACCACCUGAAAAUAGUGGUUAGUAGGUCCACUCUGUAAUUUUAAAAUGAGGAAAAACGUGAAAUCCACCGUUUAAUUGGAGCAUACCCAUCACUUUGGACAUAUUAUCAGUAAUUCCAAUGGUAUCGGGGUUUAAUUUAAAAUACACCCCUGUGAAAUUGCUUAAUGAUUACCUGGGACGUUUGAAAUUUCGGUUGGACCAUUACUGGCGAUGAAUAAUUCGUACUUUUCUCUCCAUCUGAUGUAGGUCACCAUUGAAAAUAAUGAAAAGGGUGGAACACAACAAAUUAUGGAUUUUUUUCUAUGUGAAUCUGCGUCAAAGUUGAAAUUAAAUUGACAUUACUUUUUAUGAAGUUUGUCCAUACUCCAAUUGUUCCUUAUUUUCUUGAGAAUACUUUAGAUUUUCAACCUUGUAUGUGAUGGCUUCCUCCGCAAUGAUGGGUGAAAAAAGAAUCCCCAACUUUACCUUAUCGCCAAUAAUCUGUCGUAACUUAUUACCCUGUAUUGGUAGUCGAGAACUUGUAACCGAUUCGUGGGAUAUCCGAAGACAUCCAAGUGAAACACAUAGGUAUCCUUUUCCAUCAGAGUAUCGUAGUAUUGAAACAAAUAGAGAUUUUGUGUCCUUGGAGCAGGGUCUGUCAAAGACUGAUAAAAAAUUGUGGAAAAGAAGGAAAAAUCUGGUGAAAGAAGUUAAAAUAACCUUGGCUAAAUGGAAGGAUUUAGAGGAUAAAGAGGAAAUACUCAGGAAAUAUUUCAAGAAGUACAACAAAUUUGUUUUAAAUGGUGUGGAGAAAAGGAAAAGAUUUCUGUCCAUGACGAUCCAUCAACAUGAGAAAGUGAAGCAACGUUCUGCUGAAGUUGAAUGGCUGGAACUAGAGCUAGAAAAACUUAAAACAGUAAGUCUUCUUCUUCAACAAGAAAUAAGCAAACAUUCAAUCUACGAUAGAUACCUGGAAAAAGUCGUAGAUCGCAGUUUUCGAUUCAAGAGUGUUCAAGAUGUGACCAGCAGUUUUGAAGUGCUCUUUGAGUCUCUAGACAAGACAAUAGCAAUUUAUAGAAAGAGGGUCGUUGACCUUGAAGAAAAUCAUAAGAUGUUGGACGAAAUGAUAAACAACUCUAGACCUAUGUGGUUGAAUCUUGUUUUGCAAUACAGCCGCCUAACAAAGGCAUACGACGAAGUUACACUGAAGAAUAAAGAAAACGAAAAAUUGAUAAUGUCGAUAUGUUCUAAAACACACGAAUAUGCGAUGGAUUACGAAGAGUGUAUAGGAAACGUGAAUGCUUUAUAUUGUACCCUGUGCAAGAGGUUGGAUGUGAAGAAAAAGUUUCCAAAAUACGACUACAAGAAUCAGCUGGAAUGCAUCAAAUCUGAACUGGGAAGAAGGGGGAAGCUGAAAUGAGUAUUUUUGUGCUGUGGUGGUUAUAAUUCUCUUAAUUUUAUGAACCUAUGUAUAUCGAGUUUUAUAUUCUUGUGUUUUCGUAUUUUUAUAUAUAGGAAAUAUAUUUCUGAUUAUUUUC